CUAGUCAACUCAUAGUUCUGUCGAUCGUCGGAAGUUCGAGACGUAAGUAUCUGUCGAGAUCUGCGAGAUGUUGCCACUCCAAUUUGUGCUAUUGGGCUGUCUGUUGAUCGCUGAGGGGCUUUGCCACACACUUCCAGAGGUCAAGGUGAGAACUCCUCGCGAUACAUCGAAUAUACCCACGAGUUUUUUCAAACCCGUGGGCGAAAAUUCAGUCCGUGAUAGAUCUUUGGUAAAUGGUGGAAAUGACACCCUUUCAAGAUUUCGUCGAGAUACAUCCAAUAUACCGACGGAUUUAUUCAAGCCCGUGGGCGAGAGAUCAAGCAAUGGGCCCAAUUCUGAUAGAUCUUCUUCAAAUGGCGGAAACGGCACCGCCUUGCGAGGACCAAGUAAUGGUGUUGAAUUUUUAGAGAGAUCUAGCGGGGAAGUGGAAGAAGUUACUGCGUCUUAUGAAGAUGAAGACGUUCCCAUCCGAAACGGCCCAUUUCAAGACCGACCUAUCUAUCCGCAGAGCGCUCCAAGGUUUUCUCCACCUAAAUAUCCCGAGAACACUCCAAGGUUUUCUCCACCUAAUUACGGAGACACAUUUCAACCGGAUUACACUGCAGAUCCCAGGGGAAGCAAUUUCAACAAUAGACCAUUUCCAAGAACACCUGUUUAUCGCGACAGUCGAAUUCCACCUUUUUCUGAAUUGCCGUUCCGCAACCAAAUCUCGGGUUCUUGGGGACCUCGGCCGAUCCCUAAUAUAUUGGGAGGAUCCAUGGUUCCCCUCUUUUCUGGAGGUCCCAGUACGUCCGUUGGUCGAAGUGGCCCAAAUGGUUCCGGGGGCUCUCCGGACAACUUCUUCCGUUCUGAAUCAUAUAGCUACACCUCGGAUGGCCGAGGACCUCCACAGAUCGAGCGGGAUGUAUACGACUCCCGAGAUGGAAUGGGAUCUUCAUUCCGUAACUUUUAAGAAAUGUUAUUUCAAAAAGCCUUUUUAAAUAGUAUGUAGCUUAAACUCGUACUUCGUAAUGUAAGCAAACGGAUUUCCCCAUUUCGCAUUUAGCUGAUAGUUGACGAUUUCCGAUUUCAAGUAUAACUAGUUGAGGCCGUCUGAGAUUAGCACAAUCAAUAUUGACUUGACUGUCUAAUAUAAACAUUAUUUGCCAUGCGACCAAGCAAGAGUUUUUGAAAUUAAAACUAAUUGUUUAAGGCCUAACUAUUGUUUUACCUUUUUGAAAAAAUAAAUAUUAUUUAUAUUGAAA